AUGGAUCGGAACACAGAGCCCGAGUCUGCCCCCAUAUCCACACGAAGAAGAAGGAGCAUUGUGACAAUGACGGAGACACAGCUGCUAUCAAUAGACCUCAGUCUCAUGUCCACAGAGAUGUUCCCGUCUGUCGCCGAGAACGAGAAACAUAGUCCAGGAACAACGAUCACAGAAAAGGAGGCCGGUCCAAGCACGGAGAACGACCAAGAGAAGGGCAAAGGUCCGAACAAUGAUAUACCAGUGACACCGAUACCAAAGUACUUAUCAGGUGCCAAGCUCUGGAUUGUCAUCACAUGUGUAAUUGUUGUUGCCUGGUUGAUGUUCCUUGACAGUUCUAUCAUUGUUCCCGCUAUUCCAGCGAUAACUGACGAGUUUCAUUCUUUGCAAGAUAUCGGUUGGUAUGGCAGUGCCUAUCACGUUUCUAAUGCCGCUUUCCAGCCGCUCACAGGUAAAAUCUACCGCUACUUCAGCUCAAAGUGGUCUUUUUUCGUCUUCCUAGUCUUGUUCGAGAUUGGAUCUCUUGUAUGCGGGGCUACGCCUUCGUCCCUGAUAUUGAUCAUGGGCAGAGUCAUCGCGGGGAUAGGAAGUGCGGGCAUGAUGAGUGGUGGCCUGACGAUCAUCGCCGGAUCAGUACCUCUAGAGAAAAGACCUGCUCUUAUGGGACUGGUCAUCGGACUUGCAAACUCUGGCAGCGUUUGCGGUCCUGUUCUUGGUGGAGUACUGACCGACUAUGCCAAUUGGCGUUGGACAUUCUACAUCAACCUCCCGAUUGGCGGCGUCGUCCUGCUGUUUCUGGCAUGGUGCGAGAUUCCCGAUCAGGUGCCGAAACCGAGUCCUAUGGCGGUCAUUGCGAAAUUGCACACGUAUCUAGAUUUUACCGGCUUUUCGUUAUGCGCUGGUGCUGCGGUGUCAUUUCUCACGGCCCUCGAGCUUGGUGGGAACGAAUAUGCUUUUAACAGCCCCACGAUGAUAGGAUUGUUCUGCGGCUCUGCUGUGGCUCUCGUAACAUUCUUGGCCUGGAACUAUCGAAAAGGAGAUGACGGGCUCAUCCCAUCAUCAAUGGCCGGUAAGAGGCCCGUCUGGUCCGCAGCCGCUACAAACUUCACCUUUGUUGGCUCGGCGAUGAUCCAGAUCUACCUGCUCCCGCUCUACAUACUUCCAGGCAGUACAAGGCGCCACGCCGGUCCAGAGCGGGAUCAACGUUUUGCCAAGCAUCUUGUCACAGCUAGCUUUCGCCUACGGCGGAGGCGUGCUAGGGACGGAAGCCUAUGGAAUUAUUCCAUAUGUAAUUUGAGUUUAGCUAACGUCCUUGUCACCCUUCAAGUCGCGGUCACUGACCGCAAGCCCGACUAA